AUUGAAACAAAAUGGCGUCAAUUAGACUUUAAACGAAGAACGUUCUUCUUCUUUACUGGACUACCAUGGGUACAGGUACCUUUCCCCUUUCGGGAAAAAAACGCUGAAAAGGAAGGAUAAAGAGAGAUAAUCCCAGCUGAUCAUACAACCAGCUGGAAGUGAAACCCCUUGUUAGACAUGCAGCUUUGUGAGCUCUCUCUUGAAGGAUACCAAAGAGGGGGCCUCAGCUACUGUAUCAGAGUAGGAGUUGGAGGCAGCUGCAACAAACAGCAACAUAUGUCUUUAUGACUUGCUCAAUAGAUUGCAUGUUUGCGGCAUAUGUUCGGAUUAGUGAACACACAAAAAUCUGGAGAUUUGUUUGUUCUUAGUGUUGGAAUAUAUAUAUUUGUUAUCAUAACGAAGCAAAUUGCAACCACAGCAGUGUAUAAUCUUUGCAUCUUUAGAAGGCGUGAUGUGGAGAAACAAAAGUCGUUUUCAUGGAAAUCCAGGUCAACAUGGAGGUCAUAAUAGAAGUCGGACUACUGGUGGCCACAGUAGAGAUGAUCAUGAUCAACGUAGUGGUGUUUACGAGAGGGAAGCUAAAAAACGUGCUGAUGACAUAUCAUUCAAUGAGGAACUGACACCUCAUUAUGAUGAUCGUGGUUUAGGUCAUUAUACUGCAGAAAAUGAACGUGCUGAGUAUCAUAGGAAACAUGAUGAUUAUAGACGGGAAGAUGUGCGCCAUGAUGAUUACAGAGAUAGCUACCCUCGUGAACAGGAAGCAGACCUUCUAAAAAGGUACCCAGAAGAUGGUGACAGCUACAGUCAGAGAGACAGUGGCAGGUUUGAUGAUUAUGAUGACAGGAGACGCGCUAGAUAUGAAGAUCAAUUGGGACUAGUGGAUAUAGAGCUUGAUAUUGGAAGAGAUCGUUUCAAGGACCAUGGUAUUGACAUAAUGGAUGAAGAUCGCUUACGAGAAAAGUCAAGGUAUGAUGAAGGUUUGUCUCUUACACAAGAAGAAAUCUUUCACCUGGAGGAAAGACAGAGAUUGGCGUCUUAUAAUUCAGGUGGCAGAGAUUACAGUGUGAGACAUUCUGAAAGAUUGGAGCUUGAACAUGAUAGGUUAUCUGAAGGAAGAUCAGAUCAGAAAAUAUAUAAUGGGAGACAUUCUGACAAUUGGCUCGACAGAAAGCCAAGAGAUAUGCAGACAAGAGCUGCUAGACGCUCUUUUGGGGGUCAAAGCCCUAGGAAAAUGUUUGGGAACAGAGGCAGAGGAUAUUACCGUGGGUCUAGAGCAACCAGAGGUACCGGUACAUUUAAAACACCCAGAAUAUUGGUUAAACAUGCUUUUUCAAAUAGAAAAGCUGGGCCUGUCAGUAAAAGUGAUCAAAGGGGCAAAAAUAAUCUUAGCGAAAAAGAGAGCGAUAAAAAACCCACCAAUUCUGACCAUUUGUCAUCUAGUAGUUCAAAAACUUGGCAAGAUUCAUUGAACCAAUCUGGUGCAGUGAAGAAACCUUCUGAUCGAAAGUCAACUUCUUUAGAAAUAAAUAAAAGAAACUCUGAUAUAAGUGUGUCCAAAAUAGAAUCUUCAACGUCUCGAUAUGAUAAAUUGACUGAUAAAAGUAAAAGUGAUAAAAGAACAGAAUCAAGACAUGAACCAAGGCAUCACAGCAAGGAUAGAAAAUCAUUAACAAAACAUGAUGAGUCUCGAAGUCGUCGCAAUAGUAAUACUGGACAUAAAAAAGCACGAACCAGCUCAGGGCAUAAAAAAGACCAUGACUACCAUGAGGAAGAUGUUCUCAGCAUCUUAGCAGAUGACGAUGGAUUUGAAAAGGAAACCAAAAGAAUAAUUGGCUCAGAUUCGCGUGGAUGUCCAUCCCCUAGAAAACUGGAGAUUACUAAAACAGUUAGUGCUAAAACGGCUGUGGAAGAGAAGACAAAAACUGAUGAUACACAAAUCAAGGCAGUUGACAAGGAAUCCAACUCCAGAAAACCUGCAGAGCAUCAAGAGACUCCUAGAGGACAGGUGGACAAUAAGGCUGUGACAAAUACUGAAAACAGACUUGCUAAUAGGUCCAAUAGUUACCAAUUUCACUAUAAUGCAUUUUCUCAACGCGGCAGAAUUCGUUCAGCAAAAACAUAUUCUUUUGCAUCUAAAUUUAAGAAGAGGCCCUUUCAGAGUCAUAUUAGAAAUAGGUUUGGUUAUGGUGGUCAUACAGGUAGAUUUUCUGAACAAUCCCAUUCUCAUGGAUUGAAAUCAAGGCAAACUUAUUUUGAUAACAAUCAAGAUAGAAUUAAUACUGGUUUAAAUGUGUCUAAAGAGGAUGUUUGGAAUAGAAGGUCAAUUUCAGUUGCUGCCACACGUAGGGACUUAAGAGGUUAUGAUACUUUGAUUUCAAGGGAAAGAUCUGGGGCCAUUCUAAGGGAUGACCGUGAUGAAAUUAGCAAUGAUGACAUAAAGGAUACAAAAAAUGUGUAUAUAAAGGGAAGUUAUGCUUUGUAUGAUAAGAGUGUUGAUAACUAUCAUGGUCAGACAUCUUUUGUUAGAAAUAAACCUUUUCAUUCAUGGCAAAGAGAUGGAAGUAGGUAUAAAACAAGGCCUUCAGUGAGUCAUAAUGAACGGGUUAAGAAAAAGUAUUUUAGAGGUGGAAUGAGGGGAAAUCAAAGGUUUUUUAAUAGGGACAAAGCAAAGAGACAUGGGGACACGGAAGGUGAUUCCCGCAAUUUUCAGAAGCAAGAGGUUGAAAGGAGACAGAGGGAGGAGUACCAUGACGAUGAAAGAAUUGUUAUGUCUCGAGAUGAGAGGGCAGAAGAGGCAGCUCCUCAGCAGCAGGUGUUCUUUAUACCUGACAGUGACAUUGCAGGAAUGCAGCCACAGUUUGUUGAUCAGUUUGGGAACAUGGUCGCCAAUUCAGAGGUAAGUAUGAUGAACACUGGUGAUGUCCCUAUCCAAUAUUUACCCCAAGUUCUGGGAUCGGACAGUCAGGGUGAGCAACAGCAGAUCUUUUUCAUUCCCUUUAAUCAAAUGCAAGGUUAUCCGGAAAGCCUGAAUCCUGCUCCAGUUGGGGUUGAAGCACAAAGAGAUAUGGAGCAACCCAAAUAUCAGGAACCAAAAGUUUCAUCAAAUAAAAAGGAUACAAGGAAAAAGCUUGUUCGCAAAGGUUUGUCUAAAGAGGCAAGAGCAAAAAUACGAGCUAAAUUAGCUUUGAAGAGAAGGAAACGUAUGGAGAAAGAAAUUGAAGAAAAAGUUCUUAAUAAGCUUCUGAAGAGUUCACGUUUUUCUAAUUUAAAUUCGUCAUCAAGCUUGCCAGCCCCCAAGAAACCAGUUAUCAAAAGGAUAUCACCACCAAGUGCUACAAAGCCAACACAUUUAAAUAAAAAGUUGACUGUCACCAGACAUGCUAGACAGAAAGCUGAAGAUCUUGAAAAUGUAAGUGAUGAAGAUAAAUAUGACAACAUAAGUGACUUAGAAGAUGUGUCUGAUGAGAACUAUUAUGAUCAAGAUGAUGGAACUGUUGGGCAAAACAGCAAAAGACCUAUGUUUAGAAAGCCAGGACAGCAAAGAAAAAACAGUCAGUCCCAGAGAAAAGGCUGUGCAUAUGGAGAUGUAAGAAAGGUUGUGGAUCAGAACUCGGAGAUGAACAACACAAAAAGAACAGUUCUGGUCGAAGAUAAAAAGAGACCUGAUAAAAGACAUGGGCAUUAUGACUAUGAGCACAGUAGGCCAUCAGAAGAAAAAAGACAUAGAUCCAUGAGUCCCAUUGAAAUAACGGUAAGUAAUGAAAAUUAUGUUAGUUCAUCGCAUAGGAGCAAUGAAAGUCCCAACAGAAAGAGAUUUGGUAAAAAUGUUGGAUCAUUAGCAAACCAAAAGCAUAAUCAAGAAAAGGAUAACCAACAUCUUGGAUAUGAAAGGGAGGGAUUUGAAAGAUUCAACAGAUCUUACAAUGGAAAUAAUGGAUAUGAUGACAAAGUGGGCCAUAGUUCAGCUCCAAGAACUGACAGCAGACGUGCCACAGACAGUAAUACAAAGGAUUCAGAUAGAAGGGAUUCAGGUAAGUAUCGCAGAGAUGAGGAUGCCCAUCCAAAGAAUGAUCCAUAUCGCAGUAAAGAUGAAAGUUCAAACAUUCAAAGAAAUAGGAAAGACCCACACAGCAGGAGUCAUGAGCCUUCAAAGGACAGGGAGGAUAGAAGGUCUACUAGGAGUGGACGCUUAAGCAACAGUCCAAGAAGGCGAUCAAGAAGUCCUCAGCAACAAAGUCGAGACAAGCCACAACAUAGGCGUGAUAGUGCAGGGAGGAAUGACGAACUUUGGAGGGAUAGAGGAGAAAAGACCACCAACAGUAGAAGCACACUGGAUAAUAAUGCUCUUAAUUUUAGUCAGAAUGCUGCUUUGUCUCACAAUCAGUAUAUGCCUAAUAGUAAUUGUUUUCAAUCAUUCCCCAAUCAAGGUCAAGGUAAUAUGCGUCAAGGUCAUAUUGAUAAUAGCUUUCCGCCCCAUACUGGCUCUAUGUCUGGCCCUAUGCACUCACCUUUCCCUCAGUCCAUUGGCCACAAUAUUGAUGUAUCUGUUCCUCCUCAAUUAAGCACUGCAAACUCUGGUAUGAACCAGGGGAAUUUUGGUGAGCAGAUGGAGAUGGGCCAAGGAAUGCAGACUGGGCAGCAACUGCAUCCUAGAAUGCCACAGCAGAGCAAUUACUUAAACCAGCAGUUCGGUAGCCAGUACCAAAUGCAGCAGAAUUCUCUUUUUACUCCAAUGAAGCAAAAUCAGAUGGGAGGACAACAGCCAAACAUUCAGUCAAGUAAUUUAUUUCCAAUGCAGAAUCAAGGAAUGCAAACUUUCCAGCAGAAUCGUACACAGAUGAUAACACGGGGUCCUUUUAGUCAAAAUGUGGGUCAAUUACAGAUGGCACAGGGGCAGAAUAUGGGUCCAAAUGUUCGUCAGGAACAAGAUAACAUACAACCUCUGCUGCCUAAUAGCAUAGGUCAGUCCAAUUUCAUUGCAACCACUCCUCAGCAGGCAAUGAGAGGAGUGAUUGGAACCCUAGCAACAGGUGGUGUUGGUGGGCAGCAGGCAGUACGGGUGUUGAACAAAGGUCCUCGGCCAGCCUUCAUGGUGCAGGGCAGUGGAAAACCUGACCAUCAGUCGGAGCAUAAACGAGAUGUUACCACUGCGUUUGGAAGUGAUGUCGCUGCAUCCAGUAACCAAUAUAGGGAUGACAAAAAAGAUGAAGAUGUUGGACAAAUGCCAUGUUCUCUCUGCGAAAAGGUGUUUAUGAACAGGAAUGCCAUCAGGAAACACACAGCCUGGCACGACAAGCAAGCAACAAAAGAUGAGAAAUUCAAAUGUGACAGUUGUGAGCAAGGAUUCCCAAACUUCCAAGAGUACAGUUCCCAUAUUCAAGAAAAGCACACAGUGGAUUCCCUUAAUUGCAAUUCAUGCGACAAGACCUUUUACACAGUUGUCCAAUACCAGAGGCACAUUGACCUGAUGCACCUUCAGUCCAUGCCCCUCCACAGUUGUUCUUUAUGUCCUGCAAGUUUUGCACAAAUAAGAUACCUUGUACAGCACAAACGGGAGCACCAUCAAAGAAAACAAAGUAAUGUAUAAAAAAAAUAUAUCCUAGGUGGCCAUAUUUUUAUGACGACCAACUGCGAUCUUGAUUAAUAUCUUUUCUAAUUUCUUUUCUUGUCUUAUAAAUAUUCAUAUAUUUAAUUUGUUCAUGCUGAUGAUUUGAUUGAUGAUGUGUUUUCGGUUAAGGUUGUUUAUAAGGAGAAUAAGUAAGUAUGUCCUGUGAAUGAUUGUUAUUGUCUGUUUUUGGAAUACCGGGUACAUUCAUAUAACAAUACCAUGUUUAAAACCUGGAUAGGUAAGUAUAUCUUGUGAAUUAUUCAUUGUCCUUUGGUGGGAAUAGAUGGAUAUGACAAUUAAGUGUUCAAAACCUGAUUAGGUAGGUAAACCCAGUGAAUAAUUCAGUGAAUGAUUCUUAGUGUCUUUUUGGGAAAUAAUUUAUUACAGUAGUGUUUAAAUCCUGAAUGCAUAUAGGUGCAUUACAUUUGUAAGAUUAUCCAGUGAAUGAUUCAAUGAAUGGUACGUUUUGUCUUGUUAGUAAUCCAUAAAUAUGACAAUACAGUGAACUCUGUUCUAAAGCAACUGAAGUUCAUCUGAUUUUAUUUGCUCAGUGUUAAAAAUAUAUUACCCUAAUGUAUAUUUAUAUCUAAUUGAAAUAUAUUAAUUAUUGGUAUACUAUGACAGUCAGUUCUAAUAUAAAUUGCUUAGCAAUGUAAGGUUCAGUUAAAGCGGGUAUAUACGAUUUUGUCAAAUAUUUAUGAAUUUAUAUAAACUGUGUAAAAAACUUUAUAUA